AUGAAAAAAAGUUAUUCUAUUUCUUGUUGUACAAACACUCCUUCGGAAGAUAAAGUGCACGAUCAAGCAAUGAUUAUAGAUUUAUCAGAUCAAGAGAGUAUGCCAUCUCAAUUAUUAAUGCUCUCUCUUUCUCAGCUCUGUGACAAUGAUCAUAAUAGUUAUAUUACAUCGUAUGCAGGCAAUCAGUACAUGGAAAUUCAUCAUAAUCAAUCGAUAAUAUCAGAUACUAUUAAAUGUCAAUGUUUAAAUAAAUUAAAAAUACCAGAAUGGAUUUUAUCUUGUACAAAUGGUAAUAUGAAAAAAUCUGAAAAUUCUACAGUUAAUAUACAUGAUAAGACCAAUAAGGACACUAUUAACGAUACAAUUCAAGAUAUAUAUGUUAGAAAUGGAACAAAACGAUUGGGUGAUAGUGAUAACGAAGAUGUCGUCUCAAAUAAGGAAAUUAAACAAAUACAUUUAGACAAACGAAAUGAAUUCGAAGAUGUAUGCAGGAAUACCGAUUACACAUGUAUGAAUGGCACUAUCAUGAAAUCAGUUGAAAAGGAUGCGGAAAUGUAUAAAAUAAAUUCGCAAAAUGCUCAGAAGACAAAUAACGAUUUAUCGGACAAUGAAACGUACCAGAAAGAAAACAACAUAGAGCUUGAUGAUUAUGUAUCUACUGAUAUAGGGCCAAGUAAUGACUUACAGAAUAAUACGCAAUCUUGUGAUACCAUAAUAAUAGCUUUUUCCAAACCAAAAUUUAAACAAGUUUUAUCGGAAAUCAAGGAACAUAUAAGAAGUUUAGAAAAACAAAUAGAAAGUAUAAACAAUAUAAUAGACAAUAUAACAGUUUUAUCGGAACAACAAGGCCAUUUACCUUCGGAAAAAGAAAACUUCACAAUAUUUUGUGAAAAAAGAUACACAUAUCCAAAUGAACCGCAAACAGAUGAAUUCGUCGAUAUAAAUAACAAUAAAGAACAAAUAAUAGAUAAAAAUAUGAAAGAAUCUAAUAUGUGUAAAUGUCUACAAAAAUGUACAUCUUUAACAGGAAAAUUUUCCAACUGUCAAGAGCGAAUUGCUACAUCUAUAGACGAGGAAUUAUUAGAAAAUGAUGAUACCGUCGAUCCAGAGCAAAGUUCAGUGGUCGAAAAAAUUUCAUCAUAUGCAGAAGAAGAAGAAGAAGAAGAAGAAGAAGAAGAAGAAGAAAAAGAAAAAGAAGAUGAAGAAGAAAAAGAAGAAGAGCUUUCCACUACAGAAAUAAUAACAGAUAUAACAAAUCACAAACCUGACAAAUCACAACAGAAUAACGGAUCACAAAUUGAUACAAUAACUGCACCUCAUACGAACCACGAAAUAGAGCAAAUACCUCUUUCUCAUUCAGAUGACAAAAAUAUGUCGGACUUUAAGACAGAUGAAGUGAAAUCAUCCGUUGAAUCGAAAACUAAAAAUAAUCAUUAUGAUCAGGCGGAUUGUAACACUGCCACUUCAUAUCAUUCCACAAAGAAGACUGCAAUAUCUAAUCAUGAUACAAUUUACGGCUUAUAUUUAGAAACAACUUAUACACAAUCGUCCAAUUUUCAAAUUGUUGCUGCUACGUCGAUAUCGUCUUCGAAGUUAAAUUCGGAUACUACGGAAAGCAAUGAUCUCCCUAAAUCGGAAAAAUCCACAUCGAGAAAAAUUGUCGAGAAAAGCAAUAAUAAAGUUUCUCCUGCUACAUUAGAUAUUUCUACAACGAUAGACGAUCUAAACCCAUCUAUUUCUAUUCAAUGUAUAACAAUUAAUUUGUCAAACUGCCAAGUUCAUCCACAAACUACAAAAAUAAAAGAUACGAGUGUACGGAAUAUUCACGAGAAAGUGACAAAAAAUAAAAAGAAUAAAAAAUUUAAAUUAAGAAAAAGUUAAGAUUUGCUUGCAUCAAGUAUAAUAAAUACAUAAACGCCUUUUGCUUUAUAAAGAUAUCGUAUAAAGCUACAUUACUUCUUAUUAUAACUAAUCGAUCAGCAAUAUAGAAAGUAUAAUUAUUAUAAAUAUAAAAUUAAAUAACUUCUCUCACACAAUUCCUAUCGCGUGAAUUUAUAAGUAAGAUGUCUAUUAAGCGUUAUAUAGAUUCACAGGUGAUUCAUUUCCAGAAUAAUAGAAAAUAAUAUAAUCUUCAAACUAAACAAAAUAAUACAGACUUCAACAUUCCACUUCAAAGUAAUGGUAAAAAAAACCGUCCAAUCUUACUAUUCUCUUAAUCACAAAUUCUAAUGAUGUUAUAAAGUAACAAAAUAUAUCUCCAUGAUGCAAGCGUGGCUAAUACUCAACGAAGAAAAAUGAUUUAUAGUGUUCAUAGAUUAUAAGAACUAUCUUUAACAUAAUUAUUAUUGUAAACUGAACUGAUAUUAAAAUAAAUGCCAUUAUGUUCAACGAUAA